UCUCCCUCUCUCUCUCUCUCCCCUGUAACUGGAAGCCAUUUUCAUUUUUUCAUUCCAAUUUCUCGUUUGGACUCUUUCUUUUCAUCCUUUCUUGAGUUCUUGGUAAAUUUUAUUUGCAUGAAUUGGUUUUUAGGUCUGAGCUUGGAUUCAGACGGAGAACUGGGUUUAUGAGGAUUUGGCAAUAUUGAACUGUUGUGAUUCGUAGAAAGCGGAGACUCAAAUACUUGGAUCUGCAGUUUGCAUGUGAAGCUGCAUACUGUGUGAUGAUCUACAGUGUUUGGCAUUAUGUGUUUGGAACUGGCGUCUAUUCCAGGGGAAAAAUCCGACCAGUCUUUCAGCCUUUAACUUGCAGGUCAUAUGACCUAAAGGUCAAGGAAGUCAUAGUUCAAGGAGUUUGCUAUCUUCUUUUCUGUCAUUCAAGAAUUUUUUGUAGACUUAAAAUGCCCUUAAUUGGGUGAGAAGUGGGACGAGAUGGUUUUAGAUUGCAAGUCUUCAAGGAGAUGGAGGAGACACGAGAGGAUGCAGGGCUGUCAGAAUCUGAGACUUCUAAUGCUACUGGUUGGCCCUCAGAUUUUAUGGAAAAACUACAAUCACUUUCUCUGGCCUCUCAAGAAGAGAACCUAAAUACAAGAGGAUCAAAUAGCAACCAUGAGGAAGAUGAGUUGUCACAUCAGACAGCUUCGCAGAUUCUCUGGACUACUGGAGUGCUUUCUGGAAAAAUUCCUAAUGGGUUCUACUCUGUCAUUCCAGAGAAAAAUCUCAAGGAGCAUUUUGAUAACAUUCCUACUCCAGAUGAGCUUCAUGCUUUGGGCAUGGAGGGUUUUAAUGCUGAUAUUAUUCUAGUAGAUGCAGAUAAAGAUAAGAAGCUUUCCAUGCUAAAGCAGCUGAUUGUGGCAUUGGUGAAAGGAUUGAAUUCAAAUCCAGCAGCAAUGAUUAAAAAGAUUGCUGGUUUGGUUUCUGAUAUUUAUAAACGACCAAAUUCAGAACUAAGUCCAGCAAAAACUUCUGUUGAGGACAUCUCUCAUGCUUCAGAGAAUCGAGGUGUCCAGCUCUUGGGACAAAUAAAGCACGGUUCUUGUCAUCCUCGAGCGAUCCUAUUCAAAGUUCUUGCAGAUACUGUAGGUCUUGAGAGUAAGCUUAUUGUGGGUCUGCCUAGUGAUGGAGCUAUUGAGCGUGCAGACUCAUAUAAGCAUAUGUCUGUGAUAGUUGUGUUGAAUUCGGUGGAAUUACUCGUUGAUCUUAUGAGGUUUCCUGGGCAACUAAUACCAUGUUCAACCAAGGCAAUUGUCAUGUCCCAUAUUGCUUCUGCAGGAGAGAGUGACUCUGCAGAGAAUGACUCCUGUGAUUCACCCCUUGAACCAAACAGUCCUCUAUAUGGAUUUUCAGAGAGAGUGGAUGCUGAUGGCAUGGAGCAAGAUGAAAGCCUUCAGACCUUAAACCAGCGAAAGGUGGAAGCUUCUGCAAACGUAGCAGGUCCUUCUAUGCGGAAUGUAAUGUUGCGUUCAACAACCUUUGUUGAGGGAAAGCUUUGGUAUUUAUCACAUAGUGAACCCAACAUUGCAAACAAUUUUUGGCGACGUAGCCGGAGGAAAGUUAUUGCUGAACAACGAACAGCUAGUUCAAGUCCAGAACAUCCUUUAUUUCGAGGACGUGGAAGGUCCAUGCUUAGUGGUGAUAGACAAUCAUUUAGGGGAUAUACUGAUGAUAUGGCUGCAUCAAGGUCAGAUGAUGCAUCAACAUUCCAAGCUCGUAGAAUGAGGCGGCGAAGCAUUAGCAUUACUCCAGAGAUUGGUGAUGACAUCGUAAGGGCUGUGCGUGCUAUGAGUGAAACACUGAAGCAAAACCGCCUUUUGAAGGAGCAAGGUGACGAUGGAUUGCUUUCUUAUUCUACAAACAACAAGAACAGCUGUUCUUCUGCUCAACAAAGUGCAUCAGAUUUUCCUCUGGAUGGUCAUGAUGGGAUGUCAAGUGAAAGUUCUGCUAUGUAUAAUUUGCACAAGAAACAAAUAAGUUCUCAGAUGGAAACAUCAUUACCUUCAUCUCCUCGUGAGUUUAGGGUUCAGGCUUCGAAGAAUAGUGUGUCUUCAGAAUAUAUGAGAAAUGCUGAAAUGGUCUCAACAUGGAAUAAAGUGCUUGAAUCUUCAACAUUCCUGAACAAGCCAUUACUACCUUUUGAAGAAUGGAAUAUUGAUUUCUCAGAGUUAACUGUUGGGACUCGUGUUGGGAUUGGGUUCUUUGGAGAAGUUUUUCGUGGAAUAUGGAAUGGGACUGAUGUUGCAAUCAAGGUUUUCCUAGAGCAAGAUUUAACCACUGAAAAUAUGGAAGACUUUUGCAAUGAAAUAUCUAUUCUGAGCCGGCUUCGGCACCCAAAUGUUAUAUUGUUCCUUGGUGCAUGCACCAAACCUCCUCACCUGUCAAUGGUAACUGAAUACAUGGAGUUGGGAUCCUUGUAUUAUUUGAUCCAUGCAAGUGGACAGAAAAAGAAACUCACUUGGCGCAGGAGACUAAAAAUGCUGCGUGAUAUAUGCAGAGGAUUGAUGUGCAUGCACCGGAUGAAAAUAGUCCACCGUGAUCUGAAAAGUGCUAAUUGCCUAGUGAACAAGCACUGGACUGUUAAGAUAUGUGAUUUUGGCCUUUCACGAGUAAUGACGGAGAGUCCCAUGAGAGAUUCUGCAUCUGCUGGAACUCCAGAAUGGAUGGCUCCUGAACUCAUCCGCAAUGAACCCUUCACAGAGAAAUGUGAUGUUUUCAGUCUUGGGGUGAUAAUGUGGGAACUCUGCACUCUAAGUAGACCAUGGGAAGGUGUACCAGCAGUCCAAGUAGUUCAUGCAAUUGCUAAUGAAGGGUCGCGGCUAGAAAUUCCUGAAGGUCCCCUUGGCAAGCUCAUUGCAGAUUGUUGGGCAGAACCAGAUGAACGGCCAAGCUGUGAGGAGAUUCUCUCCCGCUUGCUCGACUGCGAGUACACACUCUGCUGAUUCAAUUUGCACUGUAUAGAAAAAGAGAGUAGAGGUGUUGACAUUGUUGUGAGCUUAAGUUGUAAAUUAGCCUGUUUUCCUUAUAUUGUUUCAAAAACAAAUAAUUGACCAUCGUAGAGUUUCACACCAUUUUCUCCAUCUCUCCGAGAGUAUGUUGAAUCUUGAAUGCCAAUCAACCGAGAAAAUGUCAAGCUUGAAUACAUGUCAAA